AUUUCAGAGGCUCCCUGGGAACUCAGACAGCCAGUAACUAUAUACAAGAGGCACAGAAGCGGAGAUAGACCCUAGCAGCUCUGCAAUUAAACCAUGAAUGCCGUCACAGCAAGGAACACAUAGGAAGAAGUGACAUUUCUUGCAAACUUUUUCUAAGAGUGGUAACUAACAGUUUGCACAUUUAUGAAGAGAGCUGACAGGUUCCUGACAUCUCUAGCAAUCAAAGGGUUAAUAUAAAAGGAAUUCUCUCUCUUUUUUUUAGUCAAAAAUUUUGUAUAAGGCUUCCAAAAUGGAGGGAAUGCAUCCUCUGAUGUCGACGCCUGUAUCAGCAAAACAUUCAGCGUAUUUAACAAACAAGUCUACGGAUCUACCAUCAGAGUUCUUUGAUUUUUUUAAUACAAGUGGCUCGUUCCAGUAUAUGAACAUGGAAUCCCCUGAGACCCCCUUCUCAACCCCUCAAAGUGGAAUCAUUAUUUCUUGUAGACACAGCCCUCGGUUACUUUCCAAUGGUUAUUACAUUUUAGAUGAGAGCAGUUAUUUAUGUGACGAAGAAAGCGAUGGGGAUAUAUCUCUAAGUCCUUUAAAAGCCAUUGUGUCCUACAAAGAGAAGAUAGCAAGAAUUUUUAGGAGAAGGCGUAAGCAUGUGAGGCGUUCACUUCUGGAGGCAUGGAACAAUGAGGUCACGUCAUCUGCUGAAGAUGGUGUAUGGGAGGAAGACACAGGAACAUUUAAACUUAGUUACCAUCUGAGCUCUGAGAAUGACAAUGGAGAUCCGAGCCCCUGUCAACCUGGAAGGGUUCCUCAAACAGAUAGAAUAGACUUUGCUGAUGAAUCUUAUGUUUCACCUGUGGUUUUUGACUCAGGAGGAUUUCUGUGCGGGACGAACGAUGAACAUGCAUAUUCUUAUGAUGUGAAUAACUGUAUAUCACCAAUGCAACCUGUUACCGGGAUAUAUGUCGAGACCAACAGCAACUCACAACCAGGUGACGAUUCAUCAGUAACUUCCAUCAUACCUGUCAGAAAUAUCUAUAAAGACUCUUUGAAAAAAGAAUUUUGUGAACGGAAAAAAGGAGUUCAUCAUGUGACCUUGCUCUUCCUGGGCUUAAUUGUUAUUCUAGCAAGUUUAUGGCUGGGUGAGCUGAUUUUCACUCUUGUGACUUACGUUUUGUUGAUCACCUUACUGUGUCUAAGAUUGCAACCUAAGAGAAGAAACUUUAAAAACAAGAUUAGCUGAAAACGACAAGAUUCGGAACCACUUCCUUCCUGCUGGGAUUUCUUACUAGUCAAUAAAUAAUACUAAAACAUCAAA